AUGGACAAUUUCUUCGCUGCCAUAUCAUUAUUUCGUCGACGGAAAUAUGAUGAGUGCAUCGAGGUGUGCAACGGUCUGCUGCAACAUAAUGCCCUUCAUCAAGGUCCUUGGGAGCUGAAAAUGCGAUCUAUGACCCAGCGGGUGUACAUCGACGAUAUUGAGGCGGACGAUGAUGUGGCGGAGGAUAUUUUGGACACGCAGACAAUCGCCACCGCACCCCGUCCCGGUACCUCCAUCCGGACGGCGAUGAUCAAACCAACAACCUCCGGGACCAUCACCGCAACAAAUCGCCCUCGUACCGGAACUGGCAGACCAAUUACUGGCAUUUCUCGUCCUGGAACGCUCUCGCUUCAGCGGCCCGCAUCUACGCUUGGCAACAAAACGGCCCUCAGGACAGGUUCGCGCACCGCGGCCGGAACUACUGCCGGUGGUUCUGCACGUAACAUUCGCCUCGGGUCGGCCUCAAUGUUUGCCGUCGGCGAUCCAACCGGGCCCUUGUUCCACAUCUCGCGCUUGCAUCCCGACAAGUACGCCGAGCGGGACUCACUCUCGAAACCACUGUUUCAGUACCUUUACUACCACGAGGGAGAUGUACGCAAAGCGAUGGCGCUGUGUGAUGCCGUCCUGGCACGACGCCGUGCAGCCGAACUGCUGACGGAUGCGAGUAGCGGAUGGUGGUGGAACACGCAGAAGGCACGCUGCCUUAUAGCCAUCGGAAGUCCCCGUGAGGCUGAACCGUACCUAAGGAUGGCGUUGCAGGAGCUACACCAUCCCGAUGUGGUGUUGCUGCUUGCCCGGAUCUACGUUAAGAUCGAUCAACCGACGGCAGCACUGGAGGUGUGCAAGCAGGGACUAGAGAAGCAACCGAAUGAGAUAAGUCUGCUGACACAGCAGGCUCGCAUACUGGAGCUGGUGGGGAAUUUAACCACGUCCGUGCGGCGAUACAGACAAAUCUCGGCGCUGGAUCCCAUGAACACCGAAGCACUGGCAUGUAUUGCUGUGAGCUACUUCUACGCCAAUCAGCCGGAAACGGCUCUGCUGUACUACAGACGCAUCCUGUCCAUGGGCGCACACAGCGCCGAGCUGUACUGCAACAUUGGACUGUGCUGUCUGUAUGGUGGACAGUUGGAUCUGGUGUUUCCCUGCUUUCAGAGAGCCUUGAGGAUGGCGACAGCCAGCGAGUUGCGGGCAGAUGUAUAUUAUAAUUUGAGUUUUGUCGCGCUGCUAACCGGUGACAUCCACCUAGCACGGCGCUGCCUGCGCCUCUGCAUCGCCGCCAAUGGCUCCCACGCAUCGGCACUGAACAACAUGGCCGUUCUCGUCGCACGCCAGAAGCAGUACCAAAAGGCCAAAUCCUACCUGCAGGCAGCCCGCACUGCCCAUCCGACCAGCGAUGAGAUCGGACACAAUUUAAAAUUUAUUGAAAAUUUCCAAUAA